AUGGAAUUCACGUCGACUGCGUUUUCAAUGGAGGAAAAUGUCACCAGCAACUUUUCUUCUAAUUUGGGAUUCAUCAGAAACCAUACUGGCUUAUCAGGAACAGCCCUUAUAAUAUACACUAUAAUUAGAAUAGAAACAAUGUUAUCUGUGAUAUGCUUAAUUAUAUCUGUGAUUAUAUAUGCCAUACUGCCAGAGUUUAAAAACCUGCAUGGGAAGAACCUUAUGUCGUCUUCAAUCUGUCUAUUGAUUGCACUAAGCUUAAGACUAGUAGACUUUAUUCUUCGACAUCGCAUACCCUCUACACUAUGUACUAUUGUAGCAGUUAUCAUACACAUAAACUAUCUGGCAUUUUUCUUUUGGACAAACGUUAUGGCGUAUGACAUCUGGAAAUCAAUAACAGGCAUGAAACAAAAAAAGGAGGUAUUUCGUCAUUCAAGGAAAUAUCAAAAUUAUUCCUUGUAUGUGUGGUCUGCAACGUUUCUGACAGUUUUACCGGCUCCUAUCCUUGAAAUGACCAAUUGGGUUCCCACUUACUAUAAGCCACAGUUUGGAAUCAGGCGUUGCUGGUUGAAUGGAGUUGCAGCUUACAACUAUUACUUCAAUUUGCCAGUGGGAGUCAUUCUUGCCGGAAAUAUGUGCCUUUUCCUCUUGACACUGAAAGCACUCAUCGCGAUUCGGAAGGUCACCUCUGUCCUUCAGACAAAACAGCACCAGAAAAGGUUAAAUCUAUAUUUGAAACUGCUCUUGGUGAUGGGGAUCACGUGGUUGAGUCUCUUUCCAGCUUGGGUUACGGGAAAUUAUCAUUUAUAUGCGUAUGCAAGUAUGCUUACAGCCUCACAUGGAGUUUUACUGUUCUUCAUAUUCUUGUUCAAAAAGAAAAUCUUAAUGCAGAUUUGGACGGCCUGCAAGCAUGGGAAACUGCCAGUAAAGAAAACAUCAACUAGUGUUCCAACAACGUCCACCAGCUCUAAUAGAACUGACGGAAAAUUUUCUACUUAA